AGCUCGCAAUGGACCGAGGUUUGUCGAUGCCAAAGAACGCAGCAUGACGAGGUCGAGUGUCCGUGUCUGGCUGCCGACGGGUGAUUGCGCUUUUCGUUAAUAUUUACGUCCUCGCCCUCUCUGCGUUUGACGUACCUCCGUCCUCUCUUCUCCUCUUGAUUGCUCAAUCACACAUAGCAGCAGCACAGCAAUGUCGGAACUUAGCUUUGCAGGACAGACCGUCGUCAUCACCGGUGCCGGUGGUGGCCUGGGCAAAGCAUACGCCACCUUUUUUGCUUCGAGAGGAGCUAACGUUGUCGUAAAUGAUCUCGGCGGCUCGUUCAAAGGAGAAGGUGCUGGCACGAAGGCUGCCGAUGUGGUCGUCGAAGAGAUCAAGAAGGCAGGCGGUAAGGCCGUAGCUAACUACGACAGCGUUGAGAAUGGCGAGGCCAUCAUCAAGACCGCCAUCGAUGCUUUUGGCCGUAUCGAUGUCCUCAUCAACAAUGCUGGUAUUCUGAGAGAUAUCAGCUUCAAGAACAUGACAGACAAAGACUGGGACCUCAUCAACGCCGUGCACGUGAGGGGUGCAUUCAAGUGCACUCGUGCCGCAUGGCCGUACUUUAGAAAGCAGAAGUAUGGACGAGUCAUCAAUACGGCCUCCGGUGCCGGUCUCUUCGGUAACUUUGGCCAGGCCAACUACUCUGCGGCUAAGCUCGCACAGGUCGGUUUCACUGAAACGCUGGCCAAGGAGGGUGCCAAAUACAACAUCCUCUGCAACGUUAUCGCGCCGGUAGCAGCUAGCCGCAUGACCCAGACUGUUAUGCCGCCAGACCUCCUCAAAAACCUUGGCCCGGAAUGGGUCGUUCCUCUUGUUGCCGUCCUCGUACAUCCCUCGAACAAGACUGAGUCGGGUUCAAUAUUUGAGCUUGGUGGUGGCCACAUGGCGAAGAUUCGAUGGCAGAGAGCAAAGGGCUCUCUUCUCAAGGCCGAUGAGACGUAUACCGCGGGCGCCGUAUUGGCGGACUGGAAGAACGUUGUCGACUAUUCGGAGCCGGAGUACCCGACUGGCCCUGCUAACUUCUUGGAGAAGCUACAACAGUCCAUGAAGGCUCCGCCAAAUCCGGCUCCGCUGCCGAUUAGCGGUAUCAAAGAUAAGGUCGCAGUCAUUACUGGUGCUGGUGCAGGUCUUGGCCGUGCGUACGCCCUCCUGUUCGCAAGCAUGGGCGCCAAAGUCGUCGUCAAUGACCUUGUCAACCCAGAUGAUGUCGUAGCUGAGAUUAAGAAGGCCGGAGGUGAGGCAGUUGGAAACAAGGCUAACGUUCUCGAUGGAGCCGCCGUCAUCAAGACCGCGAUUGACACAUAUGGUCGUGUGGAUAUCUUGAUUAACAAUGCCGGUAUUCUGCGUGACAAAGCAUUCACCAACAUGGACGACAAGAUGUGGGACGUCGUCAUGGAUGUUCACGCAAAGGGCACAUACGCCGUCACAAAAGCCGCAUGGCCGUACAUGCUCAAGCAAAACUAUGGCCGUAUCGUGAACACAACCUCAACUAGCGGAAUCUACGGCAACUUCGGCCAGGCAAACUACGCUGCUGCCAAGUGCGCUAUCCUCGGUUUCUCGCGCGCUCUCGGCUGGGAAGGUGCUAAGAAGAACAUCUACGUCAACACAAUUGCACCAAACGCUGGUACCCAGCUCACCGCAACAGUCAUGCCACCUGAGAUGGUGCAGGCCUUCAAGCCGCAUUACGUCGCACCGCUCGUUGCUCUGUUGUGCUCAGACAGUUGCCCUGAGCCCACUCUUGGUCUGUACGAAGUCGGCUCGGGCUGGCAGGCUCAGACUAGGUGGCAGCGAAGUGGAGGACACGGCUUCCCGGUCGAUGUGCCACUUACUCCAGAGGCCGUCCUGAAGCAAUGGGACCGCAUCGUAACCUUUGAUAGCCGGUCAGACAACCCGAAGAGCAUGCAAGAUAGCAUGCAGUCAGUCAUGAAGAAUUUCCAGAACAGGUCCAAAGGCGGUGCGAAGAAGUCCGGCGCUUCCAACCAGGCGAUCCUCGACGCCAUUGCGAAGGCAAAAGAGGCGAAAGCCCAAGGCACUGAGUUCUCAUACAAUGAGAAAGACGUCAUCCUAUACAACCUCGGCAUUGGCGCGAAGCGUGACGAACUGCAAUUUGUCUACGAGAACAACGAAAACUUCCAGGUCAUCCCGUCGUUUGGUGUUAUCCCACCAUUCGGAGCCACACCACCUUUCAGCUUCAACGAAAUCCUUCCCAACUUCUCGCCAAUGAUGUUGCUUCAUGGCGAGCAAUACCUGGAGAUCAAGCAGUACCCGAUCCCCACGGAAGCCACCUUGGUCACGUACCCCAAGCUCAUCGACGUUGUCGACAAGGGCAAUGCCGGCAUCGUGGUUCAGGGCACGACCACGAUCGACAAGAACACCGGAAAGGAAGUCUUCUACAACGAGUCGACCGUCUUCGUCCGUGGUUCCGGCGGCUUUGGCGGCCCAAGGGCUAUGAAGGACCGCGGCGCCGCCACGGCCCCUAACAAGCCACCUCAGCGGCCCGCGGACAAGGUCGUCGAGGAGAAGACGACGGAGGAGCAGGCUGCCCUCUACAGAUUGAGCGGCGACAGGAACCCUCUCCACAUCGACCCCGAAUUCUCCAAAGUCGGCGGUUUCAAGGUGCCGAUUCUGCACGGUCUGUGCUUCUUCGGCAUUGCCGUCAAGCACAUUCUCAAGGCUUACGGUCCGAUUAAGAACGUCAAGGUCCGAUUCGCGGGCUCCGUUCUCCCAGGUCAGACGCUGAAGACGGAGAUGUGGAAGGAGGGCAACAAAGUCCUCUUCCAGGUCACCGUUGUGGAAACUGGCAAGCUCGCCAUCGCCGGCGGCGGAGCCGAGCUGCUUGAAGGUGCAAGCCCAAAGCUGUAGAGCAUCACAGAGAAAAGGAAAAAAAAACAGUGUGUCUAGUUUUCUCCCUCCACAUCUGAGGCGUAGGAAGGGGUCAUCUCACGGACGAUGUUGCUUUAAAAUUGCGGCGCAUGUACUUGUAUCAAUUGGAUGUUUUUAAUAUUUUCGAUCUGAUGACAGCAAUUCCAUCGCAAACAAUGAAUAAGACGACUUCCAUUUCCAGUUUGCGUUUAGUCGUCACAGAGUGUGC